CUGAGUUUAUAAAAAAAACAUACAUACAUCUUUUCUACUUUAACUAUUGUUAUCGCGAUAUUUAAAUAUACAUGUAUUUUUUGUAAAUAGGUUUAAAAAAAAAAAAUGAGUCAAGAAACAAAAACUGAAUUAGGUAAAUGUAAAUAAGAGUACUCUUUCAAUGGCAUCUUACAUAAUAUAAUAAUAAAAGAUGCAGAACUUGAUGCAGAAUUUGAAGCAGAGCUUGAAGCAGAACUCGAAGCAGAAUCAUUAAACAUCUCAUUGACAGAUGAGAACACGAAAGCUAAUGGGACCGAAAAGAUGGAUACAGACAAUGUUCAACUUGUAGGUGAUGAGCCUUAUGAUCGUUUUGAGGCACUUCCUCGUCCUAGCGCCAUUUUUUUAUAUGGUGUCAAUGAAAUGUCAACAAAGGAUAUUGAACAAUAUGUUGAUUCAACACUCUUAAUAAAGAUUGAAUGGAUCAAUGAUUCCUCUUGUAACCUUGUCUUUGAUAAUCCUACAGACGCUUCAACUGUGGCAUCUUCCUUAUUAUUAAAAAAUAAUGUCGUUUUGGAUCAUCGCACUUUAGUUCCAGCCAAACCUUAUUUGAUGAUCAACCAUGAUCAUCAAGUGAUUGAUUUAUUUAUUCGUAUUGCGACAGAUGAGGAUGUGAAAGAAAGAGGAGCUCGUUCUCGUAGUCGUUAUUAUCAAUUACAUGGUGUAGAUGGUCAAACAUUAAGUGAGGAAAGAAAGGAAGCACGUAGAGAACAUAUCGAAAGGAUGAAAAGGAAUGGAGGUGAUGGAAGUGACGUCUUUAGUCGUUUAGGUAAAAAAGUAGAAAAUACAGUAUCAUCACCUUCUCGUCGUCGAUACUAUUCGAGAAGUAGAAGUCGUUCACCUUUAAGAAACUCAAAACGAAGUAGUUCAACAAGAAGAGAGAGAUCACCACCUAUUCAAAAAGAAAUUCCAGAGCAUUUAAAGAGUCGAUUAGGCCCUAUAAAGACAUCAGAGAUAAGCCAAGAAAAAUAAAAAUAGAGUUAUUUGUUUUAUUUAAUAUUGCUCGUUUUUUUUUUUUCCCCACUCUCUUACAAAAUAAAUAAUGAUAAUAAUUAUAACAUAUAUGUAUAUAUAUAAGGAAAAGAAAAGUAUU